GUUGUUUGAAGCCCGCGAAAUGGAAAAAAUGAAGUGGACGACUGAAUACGAAGCAUAUUUUAUCGAUUUAAUCCGCCCUCACAAAUGUCUAUGGGACCCGUCAGAUUUGUUAUAUCUGAAAAAAACACAUAAAAAACAUCUGAUGACAGGAAUUGGGGAAGAAUUGUGCAAACUAUGGCCAGCUGCAUCAGAACUGUUCACAUACGAUAAUCUAGUGAAAAAGUUCAGCAACUUGAGGACCUAUUUCCAGAGAGAGCUGAAAGCCAUGCGGAAAUUUAAAAGUGGCAGUGGCUGUGACGUGAUCCAGCCACGAUGGGUGCACUUCCCACGGUUGUCCUUCCUGCAGGACUCUGUGACUCCGAAACCAAGUACCUCAAAUUUACCUGGAGGAGCGCCAAUUGUAAUGGAGUCACAGAGAUCUGAAGCUGCAGCUGGUGGUAGUAGCUGCAGUGUUUCUUCAGUUGCCGAUCCUGAAGAGGGUGAAUUACAUACCAGCUUUUUGGAUUUGGGAGCUGAAGAGCACUGCUACUCCCAACCAGCUACCCAAAACAGCCCUGGCCCCUCUGAACCAGCUCAAAAGAAAAGAAAGGGGGUGGAUGACCGUGGGGAGGAUUCUGUAUCUGUUGCUACAAAAUAUUUGCAAGACUUGAAUGUCGAAAUUACAAAAAGAAAGCAAACCAAAGCAACAGAUACGCACUUUGCCAAUUUUAUUAUUUCCAGCAUGGCUGAGCUCGAGACAGAGGAGAAGAAAGACAAAUGCAGACUGGAUUUAAUGAAAGUUCUGAUGCAGCACAAACAUAAUCAUUGUGACUAAAUGUUUGGCCAUAGCAUUUUUUCCCCAAUUCCUGUUUGUUUUUAUGUAUAAAUUUUUUUCUCGUGUCUCAUAGAUAUUUGUGGAGGUGGAUGAAUAAUCAUAUAUAAAUGCUUCGUAUUUCAGCGUUCACUAUU